GCGGAAGUCGGUCGGUCCGUGGCCGGGGACGGGGCGGCCCGGGCGGCGGCGGCGCGAUGUCGGCCAGCGCCGUCUACGUGUUGGACCUGAAGGGGAAGGUUCUAAUCUGUCGAAAUUACCGCGGAGAUGUGGACAUGUCAGAGGUGGAGCAUUUUAUGCCAAUCCUUAUGGAAAAGGAAGAAGAGGGGACACUUUCUCCUAUCCUAGCACAUGGAGGAGUUCGUUUUAUGUGGAUUAAACAUAACAACCUAUAUCUUGUUGCAACUUCUAAGAAAAAUGCUUGUGUAUCACUGGUGUUUUCAUUUCUGUAUAAAGUAGUUCAAGUUUUUUCUGAAUAUUUCAAGGAGCUGGAAGAAGAAAGCAUUCGGGAUAAUUUUGUUAUUAUUUAUGAGUUGUUAGAUGAGCUUAUGGAUUUUGGUUAUCCACAAACCACUGAUAGUAAAAUUUUACAAGAGUACAUCACUCAGGAAGGUCACAAACUUGAAACUGGAGCUCCACGUCCACCUGCAACUGUUACUAAUGCUGUGUCGUGGAGAUCAGAAGGGAUAAAAUACAGGAAAAAUGAAGUGUUCCUGGAUGUUAUAGAAUCUGUUAACCUUUUGGUCAGUGCCAAUGGGAAUGUAUUACGGAGCGAGAUUGUUGGAUCCAUUAAAAUGAGAGUCUUUCUCUCAGGGAUGCCAGAGCUUCGCCUUGGUUUAAAUGACAAAGUUCUCUUUGAUAAUACAGGCCGUGGCAAAAGUAAAUCAGUAGAACUGGAAGAUGUAAAGUUUCACCAAUGUGUUCGUCUCUCUCGCUUUGAAAAUGACAGGACAAUUUCUUUCAUUCCACCUGAUGGAGAGUUUGAACUCAUGUCAUAUCGUCUUAAUACCCACGUAAAACCACUGAUCUGGAUUGAGUCUGUGAUUGAAAAACAUUCCCACAGCCGCAUCGAGUACAUGAUCAAGGCAAAAAGUCAAUUUAAGCGUAGAUCAACUGCCAACAAUGUGGAGAUUCACAUUCCAGUUCCUAAUGAUGCAGACUCGCCAAAGUUUAAAACCACAGUUGGAAGUGUCAAAUGGGUUCCAGAGAACAGUGAAAUUGUCUGGUCCAUUAAAUCUUUUCCAGGUGGAAAGGAGUAUCUGAUGAGAGCUCACUUUGGACUUCCAAGUGUUGAAGCUGAAGAUAAAGAAGGAAAACCUCCCAUUAGUGUCAAGUUUGAGAUUCCAUAUUUCACCACCUCAGGAAUACAGGUCCGCUACUUAAAGAUAAUUGAGAAGAGUGGCUAUCAGGCUCUCCCAUGGGUUCGUUACAUUACCCAGAAUGGAGACUACCAGCUUCGAACGCAGUAAACGCAAGCACCACAGAAGACAGAACUUCAGGCCUAGAGUUUGUUUGCAGAAACCUCUGUGGUACUGAGAGCUGUGAAUGUUGUUGCCAAGGUCUUGUUUCUACAAACACGGAUUGUGCAGGAGAAAGAUUGGAAAAUUACUGUUUUCAAUAAUGUGUUUGAGCAUUUGAACCAUUAGUAUCGAUUGUGUGGAUAUUUAUUUCAUUCUUACAACAUGCCGAUCUUGCUGCUAAAUGCUAAUUACUUUAGGAGUAGCAGUUAUCUUGAGGAGACAGGAAUACAAAAUGAACCUUGAGAAUGUCUUGUCAAUGCCUUGUCAGUUGUACUCACAAAGUUUCUAGUAUUCAUAUUUUAGAGUCUUUAAAGACAUUGGCAGCACUGUACUACAAAUUAGGGAGACGAUUGUGCAAUUACAUGACUGCUGAACACUUAGUUGUAUUUAGCCCAAAGUAUUUAUUUUUUUUUUUAGGGCAUCUGGGUGCCUUAACUCAUUCAAAGCUCUGUUAACUUACAAAGAUUUACGGAAUAUGAGUUAAAACUAUCCAAAGUCCAAAAAAAACCUAUUUAUGCGUGAUUUUAGACCAAUUUAUGUGGAAGAACAGCUUCAAGUGGUGGCUUUGUAAACCAUUAAAAUUUUAGGUGUGUUAAAACUAAGUUAACAGAAAACGAGGUCACAGAAGUAAAUAUCAACAGGAACAUCUCUGUGGAAGCAUGAUGAUUGCUGGUUCAAAUUAGUCCAGGUGCAAGUUGAAGAAUCCCAAUACAUUAUAAAAACCCUAUGCAAAUUAAGUAAUAUUUGCUUUUCCUUUAUUAGUAGGACAAAAUUCAAAACUAUAAUGUGUAGGUAUAAUACCUUAUAUUAAGUAUUUAAAAAAACAAAACGAUUGUGGAGGCGAUGAAAUUUGAUAGGAAGAUAGUGGGGAUUUUUGCCAAAAAAUAGUAAUGUGCUCCAACCUCUUCCUGACCAUUGAUUGUUGUUUAUGGAGAGGCUGAUGGAAAUAGUUACCAUUUCUCUUCCAGCUUGCCUUCAUAUCUGCUUUGGCCAAUUAUUUCCCUUCUUUCCUGUAGUUCUCUAGAAUUGUUUAUUUGCCCUGAAAGGGAUGCUUGCUUUCUCAGUCUCCUCCAUUUGUAAACAACUGUUAUCAUAAGCUUCUUGGCAGAAUGCAGAACAAUUCAGAAUGUUAAAAGUUUGGGUUUUUUUUAACAUGCUGUUUCAUUUUUCUGAGAAGGCAAGAUUGGCAUGGGUGUAUAUAAUUGUUUUGAUUUCAGAAAAAAAUUAACAAUUAUCAGUAUUUUCUUUAAUUUUUUAGAAUGUUUUUGUUUGAAUUUAGUAUUCCUGACAGAUGCUGAAUUUGAACCAUUGAAAGCUACAUAUUUGUCCAUGAACCUGUUAUAAUAUACGUAUAGAGUACAAGGUUCUUAACACCACUUUGUUGAAGAGCUUUGACUCUGCCACAAGACUGAAAAGAUAUUCUGGUCAUUGUCCCCAUUAAAUUCUUGUAGAAUAUAUGUAUCUAUAUAUACAGUAAAUAUUAUUAGCAAAAAAAUCAACUAAAUUCCCCUGAGAUGCAGCUUCUAUCAUGUUAUAGGAAGGUCUGUUUCAGAAGGAACUGAAAUCUGAAGAUGUCUAGGUAAUAACAAGACAGUGGCUGGUUAGAUGAUCAUCGAUGUGGAAAUGUGUGUUCUGGAGUAAAAGUUACUGCAUUUGUCACCCAACAGGCUUUAUGUUGAAACAAAUUAAAUCAUCUUGUUCAAGAUCUUGGUUCCACUACUCAUUUUCACUUGAAAAAUUAAGCUUAUGACUGGACUAAACAUUUUAUAUUAAAAUUGUAAAUGGUUGACCAAUUACUUAAUCCAUCUGAUGAUUCUGUUCUUCAAACUGUUCAUUGUAAUUACUUGCCUGUAAAAUGUGACUCAAUAGCUUCAUUUGUCUUCCUGUUGAAGGUUGUAUCUUGUGGACCAGAACAGUAUUUUUCUUAUAUUUUGUAGCCAUUUGAGUCUGUUUCAAUGAUGGGCAUCAGCCCUACUUGUCCAGGAAGUAAUAAAGGGCAAAAAGGCCUCUUUGAAUCAA